UCUUUCCUCCCAGCUCCCAUCGUGCUUUGCGGUGACCUUUUCGGGCGCGCUACAGGAGCCGCCAUGAGCGCGGCGCUGGCGGUCGCCUGGCAACGGCUGCUCGGGGCGGCCUGGGGGGGCUGCGCUGCCGUCCUGCGCCGUGGCCUGCGCACCGGCCCUCAGAGGCUGCAGGACCUUGCGGAGGCGGCGGCUGUGAAGGAGGCGGAGAACCAGAGCGUGACCGACCUGAGCCCUUUAAUCCUGCAGAGAAACUCCAUGAGAUGGGAUGGAAAGAUCUAUGAAGAAAUCCCAAUAGCUCACAUCAAAGCUACCUACAACAACACCCACGUCCAAGUGGUCAGCUUUGACAACAGGCCAUUUGCCCGUACGUCCUGUGGCACGGAAGGCUUCCAGAACGCCAAGAAGGGAACUGCCAUUGCAGCACAGACUGCAGCCAUGGCAGCAGCAGUGAAAGCGCGUGGGAAGGGUGUGUUGCACGUACGAGUCAUGGUGAAAGGACUGGGACCAGGACGCAAAGCUGCCAUCAAGGGUUUGACUAUGGGAGGUUUGGAGGUCAUCUCCAUCACUGACAACACCCCAGUUCCACACAACGGCUGCCGCCCACGGAAAGCCAGGCGAAUGUGAGAGGGGAGUGGAAGAGACACACAGCUUUCAACAUCAGUUCAUGCAACAGGGACUGGGUUGAAUGUUGCUGCUGUGACAGAUUCUGGAAAGCCACCCUCCCUGGAAAUAUUUGAGGGAAGCUUGAAGAAGAGAGACCAUCCUGAGCCUUAAAAGCCCAGGUGGUAGAAGCUGGUGGUAAAAGAAGGAAUACGUGUACUGCCUUAGUGGGAAGCCUCUUGUGUACAAAGUUUGUUGAUUAAAAUGUUGGUCUUUUAACAGCCA